UAUGAAAAUGUAUUUGUUGAUUCAUGGGAACUUCGAUCUUAUAUUAGUCGAUUGCUGAAAGGCCUCACUUUGUUUAUAUUGGUUUUGCUUCAUUGCAGUAACAUUUAUCAUGUUUCGUCGCAAGAGCCAUCCCCAUAGUGAACAGGAGGGUGAGGAUCAACCACAUAAGGUUAAGGAGCUUAGGACUUCCUUGGGCGCGCCACUGUCAGGACGCGAUUUACAGUACUGCAAUGAUGCAUGUUUAAGGAGAUAUUUGGAAGCGCGGAAUUGGAAUGUUGAGAAAUCAAAGAAGAUGUUGGAAGAGACCUUAAAAUGGAGGUCAACUUUUAAGCCUGAAGAGAUCCGCUGGCAUGAAGUUGCAAUUGAAGGUGAGACUGGGAAGGCUUAUAGAGCAAAUUUUCAUGACCGUCAUGGGAGGACUGUUCUUAUCUUGAGACCAGGAAUGCAGAACACGACAGCACUAGACAACCAGAUGAGGCAUUUAGUGUAUCUGAUAGAGAAUGCAAUUCUUAAUCUUCCACAAGACCAAGAGCAAAUGUCAUGGUUGAUAGACUUCACAGGAUGGUCUUUAACCAACAAUGUUCCUAUCAAAUCUGCUCGCGAGACUGUCAAUAUUUUGCAGAAUCACUACCCUGAAAGACUUGCUGUAGCAUUUCUGUACAACCCUCCGCGAAUUUUUGAAGCAUUUUGGAAGAUAGUCAAGUAUUUUCUGGAUCCCAAAACAAUGCAGAAGGUCAAAUUUGUUUAUCCAAAGAACAAGGACAGUGUAGAAUUGAUGAAGUCAUAUUUUGACAUGGAUAAUUUACCAACUGAAUUAGGAGGAAAAGCAAAUUUGAAAUAUGAUCAUGAAGAGUUCUCAAGGCAAAUGGCUCAAGAUGAUGUGAAAGCUGCAAAGUUUUGGAGUUUUGACAAACACCACACUGAAACUAAUGGCUACUCUGCACCUGAGGUUGCUCCAAAGACGGAGUGUCUUGCUCCACCAGUCAAAGUUUAGAUGCUUUUGCUAGAGUUACUUAAACUUGUUAGAUGCUUUGCUUUGAUAUAACAAAUGUAAGAUGUUAAGAAUUUGUAUUUUAAAUAUUAGGCAAUAAACACUAGGUGAUUGCUUUUCAUCUAUUUAAGUCCUUUGUUUGACAGAGUUAUCUGAUAUCUUAUGGUG